CAGUUUCUCCUCUUGCCUGGUUCCUCCGCGUCCGUCUACCUAUCUUAACUCUAUUCUCCUCCACCUUUCCCCUCCCCCCCCAACCCGAACACCACUCACUCUGCUUCUGCAUACAUCAAACCAAAGGAAAAAGAGCAUCCCACUUGCUUCUUUUCGCAUUCUCUUUUCCUUUUUACCAAUUGUCAAGUUCUUUGAGAUACCCCCUUUUUUUCUCGUUUUAGUUCUGCGAUUCCUGGCACGAGCCUUGCCGCCCUCUCCGAAGCGCUCCCUCGCUCCCACCCCCCUCCCCAGUCGUGUCCAGCCAUCAUCAUCACAAGCAGCAGCACCAGCACCAGCAGCAGCACCAAACAGCGUAGCAGGAGGACCGACAGUAACAACAACGAGACGACAUACAAAACCAGCAUACAUCAUACGCCUUUGCCCCCGUUACGCUGCCCCUCGUUCGUUCGCUGUGGUCUCCCUUCCCACCCCCGCCAUUAUCCCCCGAACGCACCAGCAGACACCACCACCACCACCACCACCACCACGACAUCCGACGAAAGGCAGCAAGCAGUGUGCAAGAGGGCCAGGUACCUCUUUACCUACAUAACACAACCAACACAACAGAUACGGGCACCGGCAACGAACGCCCCUCCUCCUUCGGCCUCUCUCUUUUCCCAGUAUAGCCAGCGCGCAGUGGCCUCAUUUCCGGGCAUACUGCUGACCUGACCUGGCCUCCCUGUCGCCCUUGUCAUUCAGCCUGCUUCCCAGCCGUGCGCCUUCAGUCGCUCGACCACGAUGAAUAAACUAGCAAACAUGCGUCACUGGCCUGAGAGGAUGAGUCCCAACUUUGGCAUGUCGCGGUCGUCAAUGGGCAUGCCGCAAAUAAUGCACCAGCCCAAGAUCGCUCCCCAGGGUCCUCCACCAAUCUCGAAUCCCCAGCCUCCCGAUGCCAUGAUUCACUACACGUUCAACGUCCACUUCGCCUCCGAUCUCGCUGGCCCCGACACCGAGGACAUCCUCCACUCGACCACGGACGCCGUUCUGAGAUGGACACAUCCCGAGGACGCCCCCGAUGACGUUCCCGUGUGGCAGCUCCCUGUGCACACCCAGAAUGUCGAGAACCUGCGCCGCCGUUGCGAGGACCUCACCACCAACCCCAUGCCCAUCGAGGCCCACGUCAACGCGACCACUCCCAAGAAUGGCCGCAACCAGAUUGUCACCGUGACUCUGUCAGGCACUGCCGAUUGUGUUUACAAGACUCGGGAAACCAUCUUGAACGAGACGCCCUCUCUGAUGCGCUGCACCCAUGUUGACGUUGACGGCCACUUGGUCGCCGAUCUCACAGAGGGCCGCCUGAAACCGUCCGUAACCGCCUUCCUGGAUGAGGUCUCCAAGUUCUGUGGUGUUGAUAUCUUUCUUCUGGGCCCCAAGCUCACUCCCCUUGAAGACGGACUGAAUGGAGGCUUGUCCAUGCGCAGAGACCAGCGUUGGAGGGUCGCCAUCUACGGCGACCACAUUUCUGCUGAGCACGCCAAGUCCCGUGUGCUUAUUAAGAUCGACCAACUUCUUGGGAGAAUCGUUGAUGCUGUCCAGAUCGAUCUAAGCGUGCAACCGCUUCUGUGUGGCCGAAACCGGAAGAACAUCAAACACAUCGAGUCUGCCACCAACACGGCUAUCUACUUCCCUCCGUGCUUCUCCCACGCCUAUGGAUACUGCCCCCCUGGUGCCUUACGCCGUAACCCCGACGAGGUCUUCAUCACUGGCGAGACCCCCGAGGCCAUUUCGCAGGCCAAGACGCGGAUCCAUCAGAUCCUGACGACUAUCAGACUCUUUGUCAAGGAUGUUACCAUCGCCAUGCCCAAGAUUGAUAGCAUUUUGCUGGGUCGGAUGGACAAGGUGCGCAAGAUUAUGGAGACCAACAGUGUCUUCAUUAUGCUCCCUCCGCUUGCCUCCAGACAAGGCACGAUUCGUUUCCAGGGCCCCGAGAACCUCCAUGUCGAGCGUGCCAUCCGCGAGCUAAUGUCAUUGGCUGGCCAAUUUUACCAUGCAUCCUGGUGGAUCAACCAGCCGGAUCCUCGCCUGCUUCCCAGCGCUCAGGAGAUUCGAGCCUUGCUCAGCGAUGUUUGCGCCAACUCUGAUGCCGAUAUCGCCUUCGACAAGGUCGCCUUUACGCUUACUGGCUCUGAUGAGGCCGUCAAGGAGGCUCUCCAGGUCCUGUCGGACAUCAAGUUCGUGACCACAGUCCAGCACCAGAUUCGUGUCAAGAUUGAACUCGCCAAUGAGCACAAGGAAUUUGUGAGCGGCAAGAAGAACGGCAAGAUCAACAAGAUCAUGAGCCACUGCAAUGUUCAGAUCGUUUUCGACAACUUUGGCGAGUACAACUUCAACAUUGACGUCUUGGCACACAACUACACCUCGAUGAAGGAGGGUUUGACUUUGGUGGAGCAAGAGAUGCCCGCGUCCAUUUCCUUCCACGUCCCGGACCAGUACCAUAAGCGUAUCAUUGGUAUCGGUGGCCAGCAUAUCCAGCGCAUCAUGAAGAAGCACUCCGUGUUUGUCAAGUUCUCAAAUGCCAUGGAUCGGGGAGGAAUGGGCCGUGAUGAUGAUGACAGCCGUGUUGACAACGUCAUUUGCCGGACUCCGGCCCGCAACGCCCAGAAUCUCGAGCUCGUAAAGACCGAGAUUCUGGAGAUGGUUGAUCGUGAGGACUCUGAGAUCACCACGCAAACCGUCAACGUCGAUCGUCUAUACCACCGUCAACUCUUGGCCCGUCUGCCCGAAAUCGAAGUGCUGGAAAAGAAGUACAACUGCAAGAUCAGCUUCCCCAGCACCGAACAGGCUAGUGAUGAGGUGACUGUUCAGGGACCUCAGUGGCAGGUCCCCAUGUGCGCUGACGAGUUCUUGGGCAUGGUUCCGGACAAGCAUGAGGUGGUUUUGGAGCACUCGGAGCCUUUGGUCAAGUUCCUCGAGUCCCCUGAAUUCCUCCAGAACAUUGUUCCCAAGCUGAAGUCUCAGCAUGAGGUCCAAGUCUCUGUGCACGAGAAUACCGAGGACCGCGCAGCUGAUGCCGCCCCCACGGUCACUUUGCUGUGGGCCUUUACCCGCAACAAUGCCGGUGGCCUGCGCGACGCUAUGGAUUUCCUCCAUAGCCAGUUUGCUACGGCUGGUAUUGAGCCAGUCGUCAUCAAGGGUGCCAUUCCCCGUCCCCGAUCUGACACGUUCGAAGAGGCACUUCAGUACUUCGACUCUAAGAUUCUUCAGCAUGUGGCUGCCCCUGUUGCUACGGAUGCGCCUGCGACGCCUACGUUUGGCGAAGACCUUGUCCGUGAGCGCAGCAACAUUUUCGACCGCCUCCGCAAGCCCGGAAGCAUGUCUCUUUCCUUCUUGGACCGCAGAAAGAACAGCUCUCACUCUGCAACCAAUUCGUUCUUCAAGGGUUCCGCCAACGUCUCCAAGACUUCGUUGAUUUCGAUUGAGUCAUCCCGGAGCUUCAACGCUGAUCGUAACCCGUGGAACGAUAGCGGUGUUAACCUCCCGGAUGACGAUAACAACCCUUGGGGCACUUCGCGUGUAUUCGAACCCAAUGGCCUUAUUCACAAGCUGGCCAUUCCCAUGGGUGGAGAUUCUACUCCACGCCACGGCACCCGCCAUUCCGGCGACAGCGGGCGCCCUUCUACGUCUCAUUCUACGAAUUCAGGAUACCCCGGCCCUCUUUCUGGGCCAUUUCGUUAAGUUCAUUCCGCUAUCGAGAUUUUAGACUUAUGGAUCGUUUCGUCACUUGCGAGGAAAACAAAAAAGAAAGAAAUACCCCUACGGCUGGAUAUACCCAACGGCGUACAAUACCCCGGUAGUUGCUCUUCUGCAUUUGGUCGGCUGCGUUCUUUGUCCUUUUUCCUCUAGUCUCUUGUUGCAUUUCUUUUCCGAUCCUGGCUCUCAGAGGGGCAAUGAAUGAUGGGGGGGUUUCAAUGGCUUCGUCUGGCCUUUUUUUGCGAAACGAGAUGAUCACGCGCUGUUUUUACCGGGGUGGGUAAAAUCAUGAGACCGUCUCGCCUUUACGGGAAACCGGGCCUCCGCAAAUUGAUGGGGAACACGGGUUUUGCAAACAGUAAUCUCUUUGCCUCUUUAUUUCACGUCAGAUGAGGGAAGACCAAAAUGGCCAUCAUGUGGGACGAUGGUUAUGUGACAGGAUGACGGCCGCGCACACGGGAAAGAUACCUCUACAAAGAUACCACUUUGAGUUUUUGCACGCACGAAAGUUUGUUCCGACCUUUUUUUGUUGUUGUUGUUUCCGUUUUAGUAUUACUAUAUCCUUGCGUUUCUUGGUUCGUAUCUAUCUGUCUUACGUCCUUUCCGUUUUUAUGUCUAUCGUAUAUCAAAUACCACCUAGCGUUUUGGCUUUUGAAGCGGAAGUCUUAUCCCUUGGAUCCGUCUGUCCUGACUGACAUGGCACGAUCAAAAUUGCUUCCGCUCCUAGUUGUUCUAUGAUUGUCAUGCGGGUUGACAGAGCGAGAGUCCGCAGGAGGGCUUAUAUGGAACAGAGUAAGAGAAGGAGUAGGUGCGAAGCUUUAAAGUCAUUUGGUGGAUGAAAGAUUACGUUUUGGUAAACGUCCUGGGUGGUGGGAUGAGAUGUGAAGAAGAGAGUUGGUGGCAGACAAGGAAAUAACAAAAGAAACAAAAGAGAAUCUCUAGAUACCCAGCGAAAUGAGGUAGUUUGGCGUUGCAAUUCAAACAGUUUUCACG